ACAUGAAAGACCUUUUGCCUAAGCUACGUUAUAAAUAGGAGCGAAGGCAAGCAACUAUAGAAUCAUUCAGGAGUUUGAGAAAUCAUUUUCCAAGCAAUUCAAAUCCUUCUUUUUCUUAACUUCCCUGAAGAGAAAACAGAAAAAUGUCUUGCUGUGGUGGUAACUGUGGCUGUGGCUCUGGCUGCAAGUGUGGCAGUGGCUGUGGAGGAUGUUCCAUGUACCCUAGUUUGGGAUUCUCAGAGAGCAGCACCAAAACUGAGCUCCUCAUUGCAGGAGUUGCACCUGCUAAGAAGUUCUUUGAGGGGUCUGAGAUGAACUUCAGUGCUGAGAGUGGCUGCAAGUGUGGAUCAAGCUGCAGCUGUGAUCCAUGCACUUGCAAGUGAGAAAAAUCACCAUGGACAUGGCCAUGUCCCCAGCAAAGUAAUUGAUUGUGGUGUUUAAUAACUACCCAGAAAAAAAAAAAAAAAAAAAAAAAAAAAGAAGAAAAAAGAGUCUGCUUAAUUAGUCAGUAUAUAUAAUAGUGCUUGCUGUAAAUAAGAAGAAAAAAAGAAAAAGAAGAAGAAAAAGCCCAUGGGUACUUAAAAAUCCUUUCAUGGGAUUUCAUUUCCUUCUGUUUCAUGGCUUUUCUUUUCUUUAUUUCUUUUUCUCUUUAUGUUCUUGUGUCAUCAGUGCUUUGCUGGUCUUUGUUGUGUACUUCCUGAAAGGGGAUUUAAUGGUUAAUACAUCUCCUUAAUUUCAUUUA